GUUCUUUUUGGUCCGGUCACCCAAAUAUAGAUAUACAUCAUUGGCGGGCGGCCGGUCCAUGGUCCAGGUUUCAUAUUGUAUCAUAUUCGAAUUUCGUGUAGUUUUACUGUUUGUUACGUGAUUAUCUCAUACAAUAAAAAAAGUUGUGUUCGCUCGGCGGUGCGCGCCACUGCAUGGAUUUGGAUUCAGGAUAUGCUUACUUCGCGCAUGCGUAAAUUUGACAAUUUCUUUACUACUGGUAGAAGCUGUUUGCGGCUUUGCUUCCAUUGGCUUCCUGCUUCCAUUGCAUAAAACGCAGUGUCGAUUGAUAUACCAUAUAAAGAGCUGGCUAGUUAAUUUCUAUAUAAGAAGAUAAUCAUUUCCGUGCACAUACGUGUUAAAAUUAUCAUUGAUUAUGGCCCUUAAAAUGGAAAACCUAAGUGACUAUGAAGGUGAACUUACAGCCGAGGAUAAUUGCAAUUGUUUAAUUGAAGAUAUGAUUAAAAGAAAAUUUGCUUCUCUCCCGUUUGUUGAAAAAGAGAUUAUUGUCAAUAGCCCGAAGCCCGCGCCAAUAUUAAGUAUUCAGUCUCAAACAAAAACAUUUAAAAGACAUUUUAAAAAAGAAAUUUACGAAAAUAUUCCGUGGAUUUGCGGAUGUGCUCAUUUAUCAAAAUUAUUCUGUUGGCCAUGCAUUUUGUUUUCAGAAGAACUAAAUGUCUGGAAUAAGUUCGGAUUUUCUGAUCUAAACAAUAUCAGUAAAUCAUGCAAGAGACAUGAAUGCUCUCAAUCUCAUAUAUGCUCUACUGUACAAUUCAAAAAUUUUGGAAAGGGAGUUCAUAUAGAAGAAAAUAUUACAUUGCACAACAAGGAAGUUACUGCAAAUCGAUACAUUUUAUCGAAAUUAAUAAACGCUAUGUGUUUUUUGACAAAACAAGAACUGCCUUUACAAGGACAUUUUGAGCAUCACCAAUCAGACAAUAGGGGAAAUUGUGUUGAAUUGCUACAUCUACUGAGUGAAUUGGACCUAAAAUUGGAAACCCAUUUGGAUAAUUCUCCAGUGUUUACUGGAAUAUCAGACCAUAUUCAAAAUGACUUAAUAUCUUCAAUUUCAAAAGUCUUGCGAGACGAGAUUAAAUCUGAAAUACAUGCAUCAAAAUUUGUUUCUUUAAUUGUGGGCGAAUCUACAGAUAUAAGCCGCUCAACUCAACUGUAUACUAUUUUUAGAUAUGUGGACGAAAAUAAUGACAUUCACGAGAGAUUUGUUGGAUUUGUCGAUGUUAGUCCUGACAGAACAGCUGAUGAUCUUUUUCAACAUAUAUGUAAGACCUUAAAAGAAUUUGAAUGUUCGGACAAAUUAAUUGCUCAAACGUAUGAUGGAGCGGCUGUAAUGUCCGGGGAGCAUAAUGAAGUUCAACUAAAAAUUCAAAAUAUUUGCCCUAAUUCUUUGUUUGUCCAUUGUUACACUCAUAGAUUGAAUCUAGUUUUGUCGCAAUCUGUUACGCAUAUAGCCGAAUGUAAACGUUUUUUCAAAAAAAUAUUGUCAUUUUCAUCGUUUUUCUGUAAAUCUCCAAAAAGAAUUUCCCUUCUCGAUUGUGAAAUCCAGAAACGAUUUCCCACUGCUGCCCCGACACAAUGGAAUUACAAUAGCAGAAUUUUGAAUAAGGUGUUUGAAUAUCAAAAGGAAUUGUUGACAAUAUUCGAUCGAAUAAUGAAGUGUGAAGAUGAAUGGGAUAAUGACGCUGUUAUGAAUGCCGAAGUGCUUCAUCGUUAUUUAAAAGAUUUUGAGUUUAAUUUUAAUUUACAUUUAUUUUCAGGGAUAUUUGAUUCAGCAGAUUCUUUAUUUGAAAUUUUACAAGAAAAAACAUUUGACAUAACGUAUUGCAUAAAUGAAAUUAAAAAUUUUGUGAAAUUUUUGGAUGGUAAAAAAGUCGAUUUUGACUCGAUGUGGAACAAAUUAAUAACUGCAAAAUUUAAUAGAAAAAGAAAAGUUGCUGAAUGUAUGGCAGAUGUGAAAAAGACGUAUAAACUUCGAUAUUCUAAAAUUUUAAAAACUCUUUCAGCAGAUACAACAAAUCGAUUUCGAGAUAUUGAAAAUUUAAAAUUUAUGGAACUUUUUAACGUCGACAAAUUUAAAAUUUAUGAAAAGAAUUUUCCAGAUUUCCUAUUUAAAUCUCUUCAGCUAUCUUAUGGAGAAUACUUUGAUUUUAUGAGGUUGAGAAAAAAAUUUGAAAAUGGAGUCUAA